AUGGCCAUCGAUGGCUUCGGCAUGGACGAUGGUUACAAACAACUGGGUUACAGUAAGCGCGUGCGGGAAGGCUUGGCUACCAGCUGGAUCGCAGCAUUGGUACUAACGUUGGAGUUGAAGAAGAUGCUAAUUAGCUGCUUCCCCAAUUCCACCUUCUCCACCAACCUUACGCAAGCACUCGACACUCUUCAACACCACACUUCGCCCACCGGCUUCAACAGCACCAUCACCGCCACAGCCACCGCGCUCGCCCUCUGUCGCGGCAGCUUAACCCCGUCGGAGUGCCAAACAUGCAUUGCCGACGCCGUGGUCGCAAUCCUCCGUGUAUGCCCGAACCAGACGGCGGCGGCGCAAGUUUGGUACGAUUACUGCAUGGUCCGGUAUUCCAAUGAUGACUUCAUCGGCAAGGUCAACAUCACCAUCGCCUCCGCGGUGUACGACCCAGCAUUCGCUCCCCAUCCGGACUCUUACGUCAAAAGCGUGCGGUUCCUGACCCAGAAUCUGUCGUCGACGGCGGCAGCAUCUGGGAAGAGAUUUGCCCUGGGGAUGACGCAAUUGUUGGAUGACCAAAGGCUCUACGGCUACUUCGAUUGCACACGCGAUAUAUCCACCAGUGAUUGCUCAAGCUGCUUCUCGGCAGCCAUGGAAUUUAUAAAUCUGUGGUGCAUAACAAGGCGAGUUUGUUGGAUCUUGACGCCGAGUUGCAAUGUGCAGUUCAGCAUGGACCCAGCGCACAUCGAUUGGGUCAUUGCGCCAUUGAUUUUGCCGCCCGGCGUCGGCGGUAAGAAGAGUGGUCUGAAGGUGAAAAUUUCGAUGGGAGUGGCGGGGGCUGUUGCUCUUAUUGUUGGUGUUGGAUUGGUGGUUGCCUUCGUGAGAGCAAAGAGGAAAACGACGCCGUCGCCGAGCGAAAAUGCGGAGAUGAUGAUGAGAAGAGAGGGUAUGGGCCGAAUGAUGCCUUUCCCCUUCUCCUUGGACGAUCUGAUCAUUGCCACCAAUAAUUUUUCAUUUUCCAAUUUACUCGGCAGAGGAGGAUUUGGCACUGUAUAUAAGGGUAGACUGCCUGACGGUGAAAAAAUAGCAGUGAAAAAGCUUGCAAAUGGUUCAGUUCAGGGGCUUGAGUUCUUUAAUGAAGUCAAAGUAUUAUUGAACAUGCAACACAGGAAUCUUGUUCGCUUGCUGGGGUGCUGCGUUGAGGGGGAUCAGAGAAUGUUGAUCUACGAGUAUUUAUCCAACAAAAGUCUUGACACCAUCCUUUUUGAUAAGAGAAGAAGUGGAAUUCUAGACUGGCCUAAACGAUAUAAUAUAAUUGUGGGUAUCACACGAGGUCUCUUGUAUCUUCAUGAAGAUUCCUUAUUUAGAAUCGUACAUAGAGAUAUCAAAGCCGGCAACAUCUUACUUGAUGAGCAGAUGAACCCUAAAAUCUCAGAUUUUGGGUUGGCAAAAUUAUUUUGCGACGAGAAAAGUCAUCUUACAACUCAUCAAGUUGCAGGAACUUACGGCUACAUGGCUCCGGAAUAUGCUAAUAAAGGGUGGUUGUCGAUGAAAAGCGACGUAUUCAGUUUCGGUGUACUGAUGCUAGAAAUUAUAAGCGGAAGGAAAAACCAUGACGUACAAUUUGAUUCCGAACAACAGGAUCUUUUGAAUCUGACUUGGAAACUAGAGCAAGAAGGGAGGCUGAUGGAGCUUGUGGAUGCGACAAUGGGUGCAUUUCCUGAAGAGGAAGUAUCAAAGUUCAUGAGAAUUGGAUUACUGUGUUGCCAAGAAUGCAUUCAAGAGCGCCCAACUGUGUAUUCCAUUCUGUCAAUCAUCUCAAACAGUUCGGCAACCGUGCCUCCUGCCGGCCGGCCUGGAUACCAUAGCCACGGCCAGUCCGAAGCUCAACAGCCUCGCAUGGCUGGCAGCGAUGGUGCUCCUAGCAAUCAAGAGAAUCGACGUCUCUCUGUAAUUAAUUCAAUCACAACAUCUCUGGUAACUCAAGGCAGAUGA